UCCGCCCGCCGGACGCUCGACACGUACCACGGAGCGCCCCGGUGGGGGUGACAUUUCGGAGAGACCGCCUUGACGCAGACCUGUACCCAGCCCCUCUAAGCUCGAGAUGAAGCCCACCCACAAUUCUUUUUGCCAUUAUAAGCUCCCCAGUGGGUCUCCGUGGAGUCGCGGGUCCCCACGCCCGCCAGUUUCGGUCUCUUCUCCCCUCCGGGCCAGCCAGGUGGUAAAGUCCGGGGCGGGGCCUCCGGAGAGGGUGGAUCCGGCGGCGGGGCGGGGCUUUCGGCGGACCGACGGGACGCGCGCGGUGCGGCCACACCUCGCCUUUGCAGGAGCCCCCAGCCUCGCCAUGGACCCCGAGUGCGCCCUGCUCCUGCCCGGCCUCUGUGCGGUCCUGGCGGACCCCGGGCAGCCGGUGGCCGACGACACCUGUCUGGAGAAGCUGCUGGACUGGUUUCAGACGGUGACCGAGACGGGGUCCAGCCUGCGGCUGCUGCAGCAUAACCCCUGCCUGGUGGAGCUGCUGUCCCACGUGUUGGGCACCCAGGACGCCCCUGCCGGGCUCCUCUCCUUUGCCCUCCGCCUCGCGGGGAUAUUUGGUGCUCAGGAGAGCGGCUUCCAGUACCUCCAGCAGGGGGAGUUGCUCUCCGGGCUCUUCGGGGAGGCCGGGCCCCUCGGCCGAGCCGCCUGGACCGUCCCCAGCGUGCGCAGCGGCUGGGUCCAGGGCCUGCGCUCCCUGGCGCAGCACCCUAGCGCCCUGCACUUCCUGGCCGACCAUGGUGUGCUGGACACCGUCUUCUCCCUGCAGCGAGACCCCAGCCUGUUUGUGGCCUCGGCCGCCAGUCAGCUCCUGGCACACGUGCUGGCCUUGUCCAUGCAGGGCGCAGCCGGGAGUCCCCCUGCCCCCCAGGAUGGGGCCUGGCCCACGUGCGCCCGGAGGAUCGUGGGCCACGUGGAGGAGUCCCUGUGUUCCACGGCCGCCCCACAGGUCACUCAGGCCCUGAACGUCCUGACCUCCACGCUGGGGCGCUGUCACGGCCACUGGACCAAGGCCCUGUGGGCGCAGCUGAGCCCCCUCGUGGCCCGUCUGCUGGAGAGAGAGCCCGUGCCGGCUGCCCACUCGCUCGUGGAUCUCCUGCUCAGCGUGGCCCGUUCCCCGGUGUUCAGUUCGGCGGACAGCGGCCCGUGGGACAUGGCGGCUCGGACACUGAGCCGCCUGGGCCCCCUGCAAGCCGGGCCUCUGGCCCUGGGGCUCCUGAAACUGCAGCACUGCCCACAGACCCUGAGGACCCAGGCCUUCGGGGUCCUCCUCCAGCCCCUGGCCUGUGUCCUGAAAGCCAGCGCGCAGGCCCCGGAAGCCGCAGGCCUGCUGGACGGAGCCCCAGGCAGCUCCGUGCCGGUGGACUCGCUGCUGUCCUCCAAGUCGGCCUGUGUGGGGCUCCUGUGCCAGACCCUGGCCCUCCUGGAGGAGCUGCAGCCGCUGCCGCAGCGCCCCUCGCCCUGGCCCCAGGAGGCCCUGCUGGGAGCGGCGGUGACCAUGCUGCGGCUCUGCGGAGGUGGUGCUGCCCCGGCCUCCAGCCUGGGAGGCCGCCUCUGCCGGACCCUGGCAGGCUGCGUGCGUGUCCAGCGCGCUGCCCUCGACUUCCUGGGGACGCUGUCGCAGGGGGCGGGCCCCCAGGAGUCCGUGACGCAGGUGUUUGCUGCCCUCCUGGAGUGCCUGGAGAGCCCCGACUCCAGCCCCACGGUCCUGAAGAAGGCCUUCCAGGCCACGCUCAGGUGGCUCCCGGGCCCGCCCCAGCCCCCCAGCUGCUGCGCUCUCAGCCCCCACACCCUGCUGUUCCUCCAAGAGCUGCUCCCUGUGCUGCAGAAGCGUCUAUGCAGCCCCUGCUGGGAGGUGCGGGACUCGGCCCUGGAGUUCCUGACCCAGCUGAGCAGGUGCUGGGCAGAGCAGGCUGACUUCAGACGUGCGCUCCUGGCCUCGGAGGUGCCCCGGCUCGCCCGGCAGCUCCUCCAAGACCCCGAGAGCUACGUCCGAGCCAGCGCGGUGACCGCCGUGGGACAGCUGUCCGGCUGGGGCCUGCAGCCUGCCUCCACCAGCCCGCAGCACCCAGGGGCCCAGCAGGGCCUGCUGGGCGAGCUCCUGCACAUCCUGACCACGGACUCGGAGGGCUUCCCGCGGCGGGCCGUCACGCAGGUCCUCACCGAGUGGCUGAGGGCUGGCCAUGCCGACGUGGCUCAGGACACGGAGCAGUUCGUGGCCACAGUGCUCCAGGUGGUGAGCCGGGACCUGGACUGGGAGGUCCGGGCUCAGGGUCUGGAGCUGGCACGGGUGUUCCUGGUGCAGACGCUGGGGCAGCCCGGCGCCGGCUGUCCCUAUGCCGUGGGCCUGCCCGUGGCCUCGUCCCCCAGCGCGCUCCCCGCGGCCCUGCACGCGCUGGGCCGGGUGCGGCUCCUGGACUUCGCGCUCUGUGCCUUGCUUGACUGUGACCGGCCCGUGGCCCAGAAGGCCUGUGACCUGCUGCUGUCCCUGAGGGCCGAGCUUGCCCGCCGCGGGGGCCUGCAGGAGGCCGGGGGCAGCCCCGACCCAGCAGCCGUGGAGGCUGCCCUGCGGGGCUGGCGGACUGGCGAGCAGGGCCAGCCACUGGGGGAGCUGGCGCCCGCGGCCGUGCUGGCCGUCCUGGACGCCGUGGACCUGGAGGGCUUUCGGGGCAGGCUGGCCGAGAGCAGUGACCGCGUAGAGCGCAGUCCCCAGUCCCUCCUGCAGGACAUGCUGGCCGCCGCGGGCGUGCGGGAGAACCAGGCCGACUGCUACUGACCACCGCCCGCUGCUGAGCUGGGCCUUGCAGGGGCAGGCCUGAGACCGCCGCCUUCUGAUGUCACCGACCACGUGCCUGAGGGCCCUGGCUGCUGCCCCCUGCUCGCUGUGUGUUUACGCCGGUGCCGUGGCAUCCACGGCGGGCCCUUGGGUGCUCCAGCUUCAGACUUGAUUUGGCGCAUCAAAAUCUCCCGUGGCUCUGCCACGUCUUAGGAUUCUCUCCCGUGUUUGUGAACGUCCCAUCAGAGUUUCAGCAGGGGCUGCGUUAAACCUGUGGGUCACUUCGAGUGUUCUCUUUUUUAAGACUUAUUGAUUUGGAAGGCAGAGAGGGAGAGAGAGGUCUUCCAUCCCCUGGUUCCCUUCCCAAAUCACUGCAACGGCUGGGAUGGACAGGGCCUAAGGCUGAAGCCAGGAGCCAGGAGCUCCAUCCAUGUCUCCCAGGUGGGCGCAGGGGCCCAAGCACCUGGACCAUCUUCUCCUGCUUUCCCAGGCCAUUAGCAGGGAGCUGGAUCAGAAAAGGAGCAGCCGGGACUCGAACCGGCGCCCAUAUGGGUCGCUGAUGCUGCAGGCUGAGGCUUAGGCCCACUACACCGCGGUGCCGGCCCCUGCAUGAGUAUCCUACAGUUUGCAGUGCACAGCCCCUACCUCCAGUUGGAUUAUUCCUAAGUGCUUUAUUUUUAAUGCUGUUGUAAAGACAUUGUCUUCAUGGUUCACCUUUCUGGGGAUAGUUUGUAGUUAGCAUAGGGAGACAGAGCUGAUGCCUGGGCGUUGGUUUCACAUCCGGCAGCUUCGCUGAACCUGGUAUCUUAGCGAGUUGCUGGAGGUGUUGGGUUUUCUGUGUCUAUGAUCAUGUCAUCUGCAAAUAGAGUUUAUUUCUCCUUUCCCGUU